CCGAAGCGCACACUUUUUGUGCUUGAGUUGGGUAAAGCUCUACCGAUUCACGCCUUCAACGUUUCGUCAAUUGCAAAAGAACGCUUGCUUACGUGUACUUAUUCAUCAUGCCUGGACGUCCACUUUGGCAGGUUGCUGGCAAGAGGGAACCAGAACAAGAAGCCGAGGCUCAGCAAUGGAUUGAAAGAGUGGUUGGAGAGAGAUUUCCACCGGGUGUGAAUUAUGAAGAUGCUUUAAGAGAUGGUCUGCUGCUUUGCAAAUUGAUGAACAAACUGCAGCCAGGUCUCGUCAGUAAAAUCAACACAUCUGGCGGUGAUUAUAAGAUGAUGGACAAUCUAAAUCAAUUCCAAAAGGCCUGUGUAAAAUAUGGAGUUCCAGACGUGGACCUGUUCCAAGCAGUCGAUCUUAUAGAAAGGAAGAACAUAGCGCAAGUGACCAACACCAUCUUCGCCAUCGGCCGUGCUACAUACCGACACCCAGAGUGGCGUGGCCCUUGGUUAGGACCAAAACCAGCAGAAGAGAACAAACGACACUUCACAGAGGAGCAAUUAAGGGCUGGUGAGACUCUCAUUGGACUUCAAGCUGGUACCAACAAAGGGGCUACUCAAGCUGGUCAGAGCUUCGGUGCUACCAGAAAAAUUCUUCUUGGAAAAUAAUGUUCACGAAAUAUAUGACGCUAUUAAGGUCUUUUAAUAGUUCAAGACCAAUUUUAGAAAAAAUCCGCAUUCGUAUCAUGAAACGAACAUUGAUAAGAACAUCAUUAAUCCUGUUAAUAGUUAUGAUUUAGAUAUACAAUAAUAGUCAUUAAUUGUGAUAUUCAACAUUAUCAGUACAAUGUUCUAAAUAAAAACAUUAUUGUAAUAUGCUGCUCCAAUAAAUACACAAUUCAUAUAUCAA